AGCGAGGCUACCGGUUUGGAGUCUUGCACGUGUGAAACUUAUAUCAGAUCCGAAGGAAACUUUUGGUAAAACUUUUCGUAUUUAGUAGAGAUCUCCUUCGUUUUUGAUGUCCUGGAUAUUUGGAGUAAACAAGCCGCCUCCGCCCGGAGAAGGACCGCCCCUGAUCCCUGGCGCUCCGCCUGGGGCAGGCGGUGAUGACGGUGGAGGGAAGGAUGACAAACCGGAGAAUGAAGGGUCCAAAGCUGCCCCAGUUUGGAGAAGCUUUGAUCCGUCGGGUCUUGAGCGAGCUGCCAAAGCUGCGAGAGAACUUGAGAAAUCACAUCACUCUCAAGAAGCACUGGAGAUGGCUAGAAUUCAGGAAACAACAAAACAGUUGGAGCAGCAGAAGAAAAUCAAGGAAUAUGAGGCAAAUAUUGAACACAUGCAAUUGGACAGAAUACGAGUGGAACAGGAAGAAAAGAGAAAAACUCUUGCAGCAGAAACUCAGCAACACCAGAAGCGUGCUGAGUACCAAGACCAGUUAGCAAGGAAGCGUUAUGAUGAUCAGCUUUUGCAACAGCGACGUAUGAAUGAAGACAACUUGGCUAAACAAGAAGAGUCAGUCAAGAAACAAGAGGCUAUGAAAAGAGGUACAAUUGAGUAUGAGGCUGAUUUAAAACAUCAAAAUGAAAUGAAGAGGCUGGAAGCAGAGCUUCGUGGCAAAGCCAAGAUCGAACGUGAAAACAAGGAUAUCAAACUGGAAAAGAUUAGAGUUAAGGCUGCCGAGCAGAGAGAAACUGUGCUGCAGUCAAUCAAGACAGCUGGAAGUAUACUUGGAGCAGGGUUUGAUGCUUUCAUCUCAGACUGGGACAAAAUAUCAGCCACAGCAGCUGGUUUGACUCUUCUUGCCUUGGGAGUGUACACAGCUAAAUAUGGUACUGGAGUAACCGCGAGAUUUAUUGAAGCACGCUUAGGGAAACCAAGUCUUGUUCGAGACACAUCAAGGUUGAGUGUUUUUGGUGCUGUAAGGCACCCAAUCCAGACUGUUAGAAAAAUGUUUGUUAACUAUGAAGAUUCAUUACAAGGAAUUAUUUUAAAGCCCUCCCUCGAAACAAGGCUUCAAGAAGUUAGCAAGGCAACAGCCAACACAAAGAAAAACAAAGGACUCUACAGAAAUCUGUUGUUUUAUGGCCCACCAGGAACUGGGAAGACUAUGUUUGCAAAGAGCCUCGCCAAGCAUUCUGGGAUGGAUUACGGCAUCAUGACGGGAGGUGACAUUGUUCCUAUGGGGAAGGAGGGUGUGACGGCCAUGCAUAAAGUAUUUGACUGGGCACAGACUUCAAGGAGAGGACUUUUGCUCUUUGUUGACGAAGCGGACGCUUUUUUGCGGAAACGUAAUCAGGAAAAGAUGAGCGAAGACUUGCGAAGUACACUCAAUGCCUUCCUCUACAGAACUGGAGAAUCUUCGCGCAAGUUUAUGCUCGUCCUCGCCAGUAACCAGCCUGACCAGUUUGACUGGGCCAUCAAUGACAGGUUAGACGAGAUGAUCGAGUUUGGUCUGCCAUCCCUCGAGGAACGGGUCCGAUUAGUCCGUCAAUAUUUUGAAGAGCACGUGUUAAAGCCGGCUACCACUGGAUCUCGCGCCAGUCGGAUGAAAAUUGCAAACUUCGACUUCAGCAAGAAAUGUCACCAAAUUGCUGAAGUAACGAGAGGACUUUCUGGAAGAGAAAUCUCUAAAAUAGCGAUCGCUUGGCAGGCCAGCGCUUACGGUUCGCCCGAUGGCGUCCUAACAGAAGAAAUGAUGGAUGAAAGAGUAGAGGAAGCUGUCCGACAACACAAACAGAAAGUAGAAUGGCAUCAAACUGAGUCACCGACGGACACUGUUGAGUCAACCACAACGACAGAGAAAACCAGAGUAUCUACGCCAAAAAGAACUUAGAAAAAAUCCGUCGCAAUGAGAGACUGGUUUUUCGUUAUGGGAAUGUUAUUGGAAAUAAAGGUUGCCGGGCGUCGCCCAAGAGAAAGCUACAAAAAAGCAAGAUUUAAAUUUUCAUCGCACUCUUUCAAUCGGGAAAGUUCAGUCAGUCACUCGACUGCAAAGGAAAGCUUCGAAAUUGUCAGUCACAAACAAGAAGCCAGCAAAGUGUCCAGUCGGCAACACGUGACACAAUCGUGACGUCUUCGUAGCUAAAUCUCUCUGUCAGAGACCAAUCCGUGAAAGAGCUGCCAACACCUGUACGUGCAAUUUAUCGGCACGUGACUAUUUUGACUUCUCCGCCCCUCACACUAAGUUUUUCGGUUAGCAAAAAUUAUUUUGUACGGAGAGUUGUAUGGAAAUGGAAGUUUUCUCACACUCUCCAGCUAGGCCCGCUAGGUCCUCGGCUAUUUGAAAGAGUAAUUUGGCAAUUCACCGUCAAUAGGAGGACACGAAUUAAAAAUGGACGUUAAUUUAUUUCGUAGAGUUGCUACGCAACUACACAUCUCUGCAAAUCAUGUGAACUGACGAUGGAAUACCUUCACGGUUUGUUUGUCAGAAAUCAAAGCUUUAUUCUCCGUAGGGAAAAUGGUGUAACACAAUGGUAGAGCAAGCUGCCCAACCUGUUUAGCGAUUGACUUUUAAUUAUUAAUAUAAUUAAGGUGAUGUAAAUAUAAACGUUGUGAAGAA